AGCAGAGAAAGAGAUAAGCUGUUUAAGGUUCGGUUGGGAUUGGGAACAAUGCUAGCAACCACUUCCACUCUCAGCUCCACUGCUUCUCAACUCACACCCUUAAGCUCUCUAUCCCCAAACCCAUUUUCUGUCAAAUUUUCCUUCACUUUCCGAGAAAAUAAGAACAGAAUCGCAGUACCCACAAGCUUGAAAUCCCAAAGAUGCCAGCUUUCUGCUCUUCCUGCUCUGAGAGUGUCUGCUAGUUCCCAAUCUGCCCCUACUUCCGUUGAGGCGUCAAAGGUCUCGGCUUUGCCGUCGGAGAUGAAGGCGUGGGUAUAUGGGGAAUAUGGGGGUGUUGAUGUUUUGAAAUUUGAUACCAAAGUUGCGGUGCCUGAGUUGCUGGAGGACCAAGUUUUGGUAAAGGUUGUGGCUGCGGCUCUUAACCCAGUUGAUUUCAAGAGAAGGCAGGGCAAGUUCCAGAACACUGACUCUCCUCUUCCGACUGUUCCGGGAUAUGAUGUUGCCGGUGUGGUGGUAAAAGCUGGCAGUAAAGUAAAGGACUUUAAAGAGGGGGAUGAAGUGUACGGAGACAUAAAUGAGAAAGCUUUGGAGGGGCCUAAACAAUCUGGCUCUCUUGCUGAGUACACUGCAGUUGAAGAGAGGUUAUUGGCGUUGAAGCCUAAGAAUCUGGAUUUUGUUCAGGCUGCUGCGCUUCCUCUUGCAAUCGAGACUGCUUACGAGGGUCUCGAAAGGACUGGGUUUUCUGCUGGUAAAUCUUUGCUUGUUUUGAAUGGUGCUGGUGGAGUUGGAAGCCUGGUGAUUCAGCUAGCAAAACAUGUAUUUGGAGCUUCAAGAGUGGCGGCCACUUCGAGCACCGGAAAAUUGGAGUUGUUGAAGAGCUUGGGUGCUGAUCUAGCCAUUGACUACACGAAGGAGAAUUUCGAAGAAUUGCCAGAGAAAUUUGAUGUUGUAUAUGAUGCAAUUGGUCAAUGUGAUAAAGCAGUGAAGGUGGUGAAGGAAGGGGGCAGUGUAGUGGCCCUAACAGGCGCAGUAACACCUCCAGGCUUCAGAUUUGUAGUGACUUCUAAUGGAGCUGUUUUGAAGAAACUAAAUCCAUAUUUAGAGAGUGGGAAGGUGAAGGCAGUGAUAGAUCCCAAAGGGCCCUUCCCUUUCUCUAAGCUUGUUGAGGCCUUCUCUUACCUUGAAACCAAUCGGGCCACUGGAAAGGUAGUUAUACAUCCAAUUCAAUGAGAAGGUGCUGUGUAUAUGAUGUUGCUGCCCUCUUUGUAAUAUGAAUGGUAGGCUACUUGAAUGUAUUGUGUUAACUCAAUUGUGACAUGUAUAAAUAUUGGCAAAUAAGUAGAUGCUCUUUCUUUUUGGGUGCUGUUAAA